AUGCGCGCUGCUUGUCUGAGCCGUACCUACACGGUCCGGUGUCGGCCUUCACGUGAACAGAUUCUCCCUGUAUUACUGAGCCGCAGCGAGCCCGGUGUGUCCUGCAGCAUGUUCCGAUCCGCUCUCCGCCUCUCCCUCUCCGCUGCUCGGAGCAUAACACAAGCCCGACCACAGAAUAUAGCUCCUUUAGCUAGCCGCUGCUAUUCCCAUGGCAAGCAAGAGACAGAUGAGGAGUUUGAUGCCCGCUGGGUCACCUAUUUCAACAAACCAGAUAUUGAUGCUUGGGAACUCAGGAAAGGUAUGAACACUUUGAUUGGUUAUGAUCUGGUACCUGAGCCCAAAAUCCUGGAAGCUGCUUUGAGAGCAUGUCGGCGAUUAAACGACUUGGGCAGCGCCAUCCGUAUUCUCGAGGCGGUUAAGGACAAAGCAGGUCCACACAAAGAUAUCUAUCCAUAUGUUAUCCAAGAGCUUCGUCCCACGCUUAAUGAGCUGGGAAUUCCCACACCUGAGGAGCUUGGCAUUGACAAAGCAUAGACUUCUGCAGUCAUGAGUCUUCAGAGGGACCGUUGCCAUGGUCAGGAUUGAAUGGACCUCCUGUACUUGAAGUCUUUGCCACAUGUCAUGAUAUUUGUGUUGUAUUUAAUUGGCCUGUAUAAUGUUCUUUUGCUUGUAAAAUAGUGGUGGAGCUAAUAAAGGGAGAUAUAUAUAUAUAUAUUUA